AUGGAGAGUGUUGAUAUUGAUCCUCCCUCUCAAGCUCCCGCUGAGGGCCACAAUUGGGAGAUAUACCGCGAUGCCUUCGCGCCGCCGCAAGGCAUUCGCAGACCCAGACCUUGGGAACGAGCGCCCGUUCCUGCCCACGCACCGCGCCUUCAAGGCCACAAGAUAUGGAAGAAGGCUGGGCUCCGAAGAAGAGAGGAUAAAGAGAAUGAGACGACUCUGUUAGAGCUCCAGUCAGAAGGCAAAGGCGCGCGAAAGAAGCAGAGGGUGAGGGGCGCGAGGGAAAAUAUUGGGAACGCGCCUUGGAAGGACGGACUUCCUACCACAGACGCUCUCCAAGUCCAGGAUAGUAUGUUAUUCAAGGAUACUGAGAAUGGAACAGUGGCAGAGAAGGAGGCCGGAAAGGAAGAAGGCGCGCUUCAGUUCGUACCACGGAAACGGACGAAUACGGAUCAUGUUAUUACGCCAAGGAAGCCUUUGCGGCAGAUAUCUCACAACCUCCCUGCGCAAACACAGUCGGUCGGGUCACCAAAAGCUACAGUUGAUAAGCCAUCACGCAGAAGAAAGUCCACGAGGAAAAGCAUUCGGAAAUCUACAGUCGUAUCAUUACCAGAAGAUGCAACUACUAGCCCGUUUAGUCUUGAGAUUCCGGGUCUCAAAACAACCAGAGAUUCUGUUCUGCCUGCGUUCGCUAUCAAUGAAUCAUGGGAAAUCGCUUUGGAUACGAUGCAUGAUAAUGAGUCUCGGGGUGCAGAGAAUGAGCCCACUUUAGAGAAAGAGGCAGAACCACUUUCUAGCAUCUACCACACGACAAGUUCCGCGGCCAUGAUACCAUUGAAUGAUCAUGGAGACGGGUCUGAGGAAUUGAACAGUGGGCUUCGCAUGGAGAAGCUUACAACGGAAGACGCACAAUCUGUCGAAGAAGAUAGAACAGAGGCAGGGCAGUCUCUCGAAGGUCAAACCGAGGUUCUUCGAACAGUCGAGGGGAAAGCUAUCAUUGAGACAGCUCAUUCAGCACAAGUCACGGAAACCCCGAAGAAGAGAAAAGCAGCGAGCCUCCGGAAAGGUACACGACAAAGUACAAGAAACAUGAGGACCAGUUCAGUAAAGGCUGAAGAUCAAAAUGGUGAAGAUAUUGCCGCAUCUCAAAAUAUGGAAUCACUCAGUCAGCCAGCUCUCUGCAACUCCAUGGAUGCCAGGACUACUUUAAGUGAAGUUGUUCAGCCAGCCACAGUUGAAACAUCAGUCACUACAGGUACCCAGGAUCUCAUGGGUCUGACCAAGCGGGAUGCAUCUAAUCAGACGGUUGACGCAGAAGUUCUCGCCAAAGAACACUCAGAGCUUCCCCAAAUGGAGCUGCCAACCCAAGAGGUGCAUUCAGGAACCGAAUAUGAUGAUCCGGCGGAUACUGAGACUCCUGGAAGUCCCGUACCCCACGCCGAGAAUGGAUCAGCAGAUUUGGAGUUGUCAACCGAUCUGGUCAUGGAAACAGGCAUUGAUGCAGAGGAAAGAAUUCAAACGUCCGAGUCGAAUGCUCCAGAGUCGCCCACCAGUCUAGAGCAUGUUGAGGAAAGCACUGAAGAAACCCAAGCUGAAUUAGCUACGCAGAUAGCUGAGCCGGUCUCUUCUACGGACGAAGCUCCUCCUGCUACUCCCUUGCCUAUGCAAGUCUCCCCAAAUACGGAGAUCGAACUAUCAUCAGCAAAUUCAGAGGAACAAACCAUCGAAAUGCUGGAAGUUCUCGAACCCAUACCUAUUGUCCCUACAGGCGAGACGUCAAACACAACAGACGAACCAACGGAGGAUCUUCCAGGGUCGUCAACCCCAGAUCCGUCAACGUCGGAACUUGUUGAAACCAUCUCAGAGAAUGCCCCAUCAGUGGCCUACGAUCAUGAUGAGACUGAUAUGCUCCGAGACUUCCUCAGCCGAGUCAAAGCAAAUAAGGCGGCAAAGGCAGACAAAGCUCCUCCGAAACGGAAAAGAUCAUUGCCCCACUCACCUCUUCGACUUCCUUUGGGAGAUGUCGACGGCAAUACGUCACCCUCACCUCAGAAAGCCAAAGAUGAGUUUGAUGUCGGCCCACCUCCGAUCUCGCCCAGCAAGGGCAGGAAGAAGAAGAAUCCGGUGGUGGAUGAGGAAGACGUGACUGAGCCAAAGUCAAUCAGACGCAGUGGACGGACAAGGCUGCCGGUGAUCAAAACACCGCUCGGGGCGCCAAGUCUGAUCCCAGUCCGCAGGUUAGGCCAAGAUGCCGAUACGACAGUCACCCUCCGGCGGAGCGAAGAGAAGGAGCUGGCGGCAUUGACACGGGUCAAUACCCGCAAGAACAAGGGUGGAGCUCUGAGUGCAGCAGAGGUUUUAAUUAAGAAGGCCGCGGAGAAAGAGGACCCUGUGCAUCGGCAACGACUCCUCAAGGAGGCAUUUGACGAAAAGCACAAAGGGAAGGGCAAGAAAGGCAAGAGUGUUACUUGGGCAGAGGAGUUGGCACAGUUCCAGACGAUGCCGGGAGAUGCUGAGAAGUCAAAGGCAAAGGAGAAGGAGUCUGGGCCGGAGAAGAAGAGCGCGGUGCGGGUGGGCGUCAGGAGCAAGAUGGCGCUGGGGAUGGCGGUGAACGGAACACCGGCUCCCAAGAGGAAGAUGCGGGGACGUUCCUGA